AUGAACAGAUACAUGCUUAUGCAAAUUCCAAGCAACAUGAUCCUCACUCGCGUUCGACCUUCGAUUUAUAUACCAGCAUGGGUCUGUCUAUGGUCCGCCGUAUCUGCCGCCACUGCUGUAUGCAAUUCAUUCACCCACUUGAUCAUCAUCCGCUUUUUCCUCGGCAUUUGCGAAGCGCCCUUCUUCCCAGGCGUUUUCUUCCUUUUAUCCUGCUGGUACACCAAGAAAGAGUUAGCACUACGCUAUGCGUUUCUGUAUUCUGGUCUUGUUCUUGCAACUGCAGUAUCUGGCCUAUUAGCUGCAGGCAUCUUUGCUGGCUUGGGAGGUGUAGCUGGACUUCAGGGGUGGCGAUGGCUGUUCAUCCUCGAAGGUGCUGCGACUUUCUUGCUGGGACUAGUCGCGUUUGUGAUGCUUCCUGAUUUCCCUGCUACGAAGAGUCAGGAUUGGCUUUUCACCGCGGAGGAGAAAGAGGUAGCUGUUACUCGAAUGGUCAGAGAUGCUGUGUCUGAGGAAGAACAUGAUCAGUCUGUGCUGCAUGGCCUGAAACUUGCUGUCACCGAUAUCAAAGUCUGGGCUUUUGCUCUUUUGCUGCUAUCUAACCAGUCUGCGUACGGUUUCAACUACUUUUAUCCUGCCAUAGUACGGGGCUUCAACUUGGGAAGUCGAACAAUCACUCUCGUCUGCACCGCGCCGCCAUAUCUUCUCGGUGCUUUCAUCUCAUACUUUAUCGCUUGGCACAGUGACCGCAAGGCUGAGAGAGGAUGGCACAUAAGCGGUGCGAUUCUCUUCGCAAUCGUCGGUUUCAUUAUCAGUGCUGCGACGAUCAACAUCCCAGCUCGAUACGUUGCAUCUUGGGCUGCGUCUUCAGUUGGUCAGACACCGACGAAGAAGGCUUGUGCAACGGCUAUCAUCAAUGUCACCGGUCAGCUUGGAACCAUCUGGAGCCCUUACUUCUUCGACUCGAAUGAUGAGCCAAGUAUAAUCACCAUGAUGAGAAGAGUGAAUCGUGAUGGGAUGAUGUGGAUGAAGCACGCAAUCGUUCCCCACGUUGUCGCAACAAAGGUCAGCGUAACAAUGAAGUGCAAAUCAUCACGAAAAGGGCGAUUCAUCACUCGGCUGUAUCCGCACUUCAUCCCAUUUCUUUAUCUUUCCGUCUCAGAUAUGGGUGUUAAAGAAGAUUCCAAGGACCUUUCUAGGGUUCAAAGCCGAGAGAAAGAGGGAGAGACUGCUAUUGUCUCGGAGAAAUAUGCUGAUGUUACGUUGCGCCUCGUUGAGGAGCAUGGCGAUCAGUUUGGACCUUUGACACCUGAGAAGGAGAAGAAGCUGCGAAGGAAGCUUUACUGGCACGUGAUGGGGCUAUUAUCAGCGAUUAAUUUGCUUCUAUUCAUUGACAAAUCAACUCUCGGAUAUGCUGCCAUUCUCGGUCUUUUCGAGGAAACAGGUAUCAACAAGGCACAAUACAACAAUUUGGGAACAUUCUUCUAUGUCGGAUACCUUGCUGCACAAUGGCCUGGCCACUAUCUCAUGCAGAGACUUCCCUUUGGUAAAUUCGUUGCCGGGUUGGUCUUCAUGUGGGGAGCUACUAUCCUUCUUCACUGCGUUGCGACCAAGUACGCCGGUCUUGUUGUUCUUCGCAUAGCUCUCGGUGCUGCCGAAUCAGUAGUCGUGCCAGCGAUGGAGAUGACAAUCGGCAUGUUCUUCAACCGACACGAGCAGUCCUUUCUUCAACCUUUCCUCUGGGUCACAUCAGCUUUGGCACCAGUCUGCGCUGCUUUCAUCUCCUACGGUCUUCUCUGGAGUCAUAGUGCAGUCCUACCAUGGAAGCUUUUCAUGAUCGUUACUGGAGGCCUUUCCGUCGUGUUAUCUGUGUUCGUUUGGUUCUUCUACCCAAACAAUCCCGCUGAGGCUAGAUUCUUGACCCUGGAAGAAAAGGUUCACUCCAUCAAGCGAGUGCACGAGUCGAGUCAGAGUUCCAUCGAACAGAAGCAGUUUAAAAAGACUCAGUUUCAGGAAACACUCCGGGAUCCCGUUUCGUGGCUGUUUGCUCUCCAGGCUUUCACACUCAUGAUGUCCAACAACUUGACGUACGGUCAACAGAAUCUUAUUACCACAGCUCUUGGCGUCGAUGCUCUGGGCUCAACACUUGUUGCUGCAGCUGGUGGUGGCUUUGGAGUCGCCAUUUGUCUUGCCGGAACCUUUGCACUGAAGUGGUGGCCUUCCAACCUCGCUCUUCACGGUCUUGUCUGGUGUAUACCUGCCGUUGCCGGUGGUAUAGGAAUGGUCGCUAUCAACUGGAACGAGAAACUCGGCAUGCUCGCUUGUCUCCUCCUCGCAGGCCAUACCUACGGAAACACUUACAUCAUCGCCUUGGGUUGGGCAACAUCGAGUGCUGCUGGCUACACUAAGAAACUCACCCGCAACGUCAUGUUCAUGAUCGGCUACAGUGUCGCAAACUUGAUUUCACCCCAAAUCUGGGUUCCAAAGGAUGCUCCCAGAUAUUAUGGUGCCUGGAUUUCUAUGAUUCUUAUCAGCUGGGUAGGAACCCCAGCGAUUUUGUUCGUCAUUCAGUUCAUUCUCAAGAAGAGGAAUAAGGAGCGCAAGGAGUGGGCGGCUGGUUUGAGCGAGGAGGAGAGACUUGCACACGAGUUUGGUGAGGUUGAGCAGUUGGAUGAGAAUGGUCAGGUUGUUCGAAGGAAGGUUGAGAUUGCUCUGUUGGAUUUGACUGAUCUUGAGAACAAGUUCUACAUCUAUCCUAUCUAGGGUAGUCAGAUAACCAUAUUAGAUACGCGUAUCUAUAUCUACCUUAGAAAGAAAGAGUUUCCUCCGAUCACGGACUCGC